AUGGCCAGCCAGAUGCCCCUAGAAAGUUCACAUGCAGAGUAUGCAAACUCGUGUCCUCGGAGCUUGGAUUGCACGCUGAAGAGGCGGGCAUUGUGCCCUCCCGGAUCCCACACCUGUGGACCUUGUCUCCCUCGGUUUGUGGAAGAUGGCUAUGGCAGAUGUGUCUCGGAGGCACACGCGGCUAAAGGGCGAUCUUCUUUUCCCAACUCAGAGGAAGAAAUUGAUUUCCUAGCUGAUAUGCUAUCCAGACAAGAUGCUGUCCAUUUGCGCCACAGUCAGGAUGAAACUCCAACCUCUGCAGGUAAACAUCCCAUAGUUCUUGCAGUGAUGGCCAAGUCCUCGCAGAAGAGCCGGGCAGGACCUGCAACGCCUCACCCUCCCUCUUCCACAGAGGCUGUGAAGAGCUCUCCAGUGGAGUCUUUGCACAUGUUUUCAAAUGAUGCGCUUAUCCUUGGUAUGAUAAUAGUGUGCACCAUUGCAGGGAUCUCUGCUCUGAUUGUGGCAGCCGUUUGCUGGUGCAGGCUGCAAAAGGAAAUACAGCUUGCACAGAAAGUGGACUACCCGGCUCACAGUCUACCAGGGCCUCUGUCAUACGAUAAGAUCUCGCCAGGAGACAAAAAGUUGGCGCAGAGUGCUCAGAUGUACCACUACCAACACCAGAAGCAACAAAUGCUCUCCAUGGAGAAGCAUAAAGAAGAGCCCAAACUGCCAGAAUCUGCAUCAUCCGAUGAGGAAAAUGAAGAUGGAGACUUCACAGUAUACGAGUGCCCGGGGCUUGCUCCUACUGGUGAGAUGGAGGUGAAAAACCCACUCUUUGAUGACUCCUCCUUGCAUCCUUCACCCCCCAAGCUGCACCCCUGACCUCCGGCCGAACAUGCUGUGGACUCUGUGCGCCAAGCACUCCGCGUAGGAACGUUCCCAAACCACAGACCUCAUAAAGAGAGCGCCCGUUGCAACAUGCCCAGAUGCCCGACUGUUAGAACCCCUCCUUGCAGUGAAUCUGUCGAAUGAACAAGUGUUGUUGGCUUGCGGGGGGGCUUGCUUCACUCACCAGCUCUUGUUUGCUAUCGCCUCCAUGCCGUCUGCUCGAUCCGCUGCCUCUCGCUGUUCAGAUGGCACCUGGACAAUUAAUGCAUUUGUGAUCUCUGAUUGGCUUGCUUUUUGGGGGGGGGGGGACAAGGACAUGGCCCCUUGCUUUCCUAGUUUUCCGUAGUCUUUGGAAAACCCCAUGUCUCACUGGGCAUUGCUGCAAAAACCAAGAGAUCCAUUCCCUAUCAACCUUUUGUGUAAAAGGAUGGAAACUGCAGAAAUCAAAAUAUUUCAAAUCCAAGGCUUCCCCCCCCUGAGUUACUUUCAGUCUUGCUGAUCCAUCUGUUGCAGGUUCCACAUGUUAGCUUGCUGCUGCCUAGGCUCAUAACCUGUGUGUCUUUCCCCACGUUAUUAUAACCUUUCAGGCAGUAGCUUGAAGGGGAAGGAGAACCUGCAGCUUUUUGUACCAAAUGGCUUCCCUCCUGUGUUCUGCCAACAAGCCCUGGGUUGGGAGACCACCACAAAGCCCAUUUUAGAGGGGAGGCAAUUCUGUAAUAGAAAAAUACAUGAUAUAAAAAUAUAAGACAGCAAAAAUGCAAAUCACUAUAGAAUGUGAAUUCAACAAAAACAUCAACAGAAAAGUACCAUGAAUUUUAAAAGACAAAUGGAUGUUUACCACUAAUCAUUUCCCUCAUUCCCACCCAAUCACAGAGUGGCCAUUUCUCUAUACAUUAUCUGAUUGGGUGUUAGAAUUUCUGAGACUCCAAUGCUGCUGUACUAGUUUUUGAAUGCUGUU